CACUGGAGGAGGGUGUUUGCAAUUCAAAUCCUUGGCUUUCAGCCCGACUUUUUUCCAAAUAAGAAGGCAGGAGCUGCAGCGAGGUGUGAAGGAGUUUUCUGGAUUGCAGUAGCAAUAAGAUCCGAAGAUCCUCGCUCGUCUCUCGUCUGUUUUCGAAGCUAACGGGAGAAGGGCAAGGAUGGUGGAGGCUUUCUGUGCUACCUGGAAGCUGACGGACAGUCAGAACUUUGAUGAGUACAUGAAGGCUCUGGGUGUGGGCUUUGCCACUAGGCAGGUGGGAAAUGUGACUAAACCGACAGUGAUCAUCAGUCAGGAGGGGGACAAAGUGGUGAUCAGGACUCAGAGCACAUUCAAGAACACAGAGAUUAGUUUCCAUCUGGGAGAAGAGUUUGAUGAAACCACUGCAGAUGACAGAAACUGUAAGUCCAUUGUUAGCCUGGAUGGAGACAAACUCGUUCACGUACAGAAAUGGGAUGGCAAAGAAACAAAUUUUGUGAGAGAAAUUAAGGAUGGCAAAAUGGUUAUGACUCUUACUUUUGGUGAUGUGGUUGCUGUUCGACACUAUGAGAAGGCAUAGAAAUGUUCCUGAUCUGGGGCUGCAGAAGCUCUCCAAUUUUUCUGUUUACUCAAGUCUCAGUGCUAUCCUGCUAUUACAGCACGGCUGAUCACUAAUUAGAGGUUAUCCUUGGCAUGGAGGUGGAAAAUGAUGAUUUACGAACCUGUUUUAAAAACGUGUUACUCCAAGCAAUUAGCCCAAUUUUGAUCUGCAAAUUUAUCAUGUUUUACAAUUCACCUUAAAAUUUUAAGCCACAGUUUUAAAAUAAACAAGUGAAUACAUUUUAUAAUGUCCAACGGAAUGCAAAUCAAAUUGGAAUAAAAAUCUUAUAUC